GUAGAAACCAGCGUUUUGCAUUCAACUCUCAGUAGUACAGACACUUUAAGGGUCAUCAAACGCUAUACAGUGGGUCUCCGAUCAAACACACAUUCGAUUCUCACAUACUGAUGGCAUAUUUUCAAAAUCAAGUGAAUUUUUCAAGCUUUAAGCGUGUACAAUAGUGUAUAAUCUGGUUAAGUUUAAAGUGAUGUGUGAUUUAAGUUAAGUGUAAAUGUGGUUACUAGUGAACCCAGUUGGUUAUGGAUUGCGUUUGAGGUGAAAAUGUGGGAGACCAUUUGUUACGUGAAGUCUGUCAGGAAAAAGUGUUAAGGUCCUGGACACGAUGUCCAGUGGGAGCUGCUCAGGGCCGGGGGUGUGCGGGGGCGCGCGGCGGAGGCCCCCCCCGCCCCCCGAGCCUGCCAUCUCCCUGGCCGCGGAUCUGAGCGAGCUGAGUCUAGACCAGGGCUACCACACCUUAGCUGACUGCGGUCCACCGAGAAGAAGACGAGACAAUACUCUCAGCGAUGCCUUGUGGCUAAAAAUACUGUCUUAUUUAGAGGUAACAGACCUCUGCCGCAUGUCGCGCGUCUGCCGGAGAUGGGCCCGGCUCACCAGCCGGCUAACGGCACGGCCCGAGAUCUGGCGGCGGGUGCGCGCGUCCGGCCCCUUGGAGAUCGCGGCGCGGUGCGCGGGCGCGCGAGCGGGACCCUGCGUCAGCGCUGUCAGGGAGUGGCGGUCUAAGAGUUGUGUUGUGACGUCGCCUGGAGCACAGCUAUUGUCUUCAAUAUUCCGUAAUCUGACACACUUGGCCGUGACUGGAUCCAGUAGUAUGGACGCGAGAUCGCUAACGCCACUCAUCACCGACCUGGUAGACUUGAGGCAUAUUGAUCUUACAGGUUGCCCAAACGUGGACUGGCCAGAAUGGGCGUGGCUGGAAACCCGUCUGAUGGCCAGGAAACCACCAGUGGAAUACAUAGAGCUCACGGAUUGUGGGUCAGUCAGUGACGCGGGUCUAUGCGCGUUGCUGCACACAUGUCCUUCUCUGCAGUACUUGUACUUGCGGAGGUGUACUCUAGUCACAGAUGCAGGCGUGAGAUGGAUCCCAUCGUACUGCGCGUUGAAAGAACUUAGUGUAUCCGACUGUACCGGGGUCACGGACUUUGGCUUAUACGAACUGGCCAAGUUGGGUCCAGCAUUGCGAUACCUUUCUGUGGCUAAGUGUACUCAGGUAUCAGACUCGGGAAUAAGAACUCUAGCGCGGCGAUGUUACAAGCUGCGUUAUUUAAAUGCUAGGGGGUGCGGGGCUUUAGGGGAUGAUGGUGUGGAGGCUGUAGCCAGGGGAUGUUCGCGACUGAGGGCGUUGGACCUCGGGGCUACUGACGUCUCUGACGCUGGGCUUCAGAUCCUGGCCAGAUGCUGUCCAAACCUGAAGAAGCUAGCUCUGCGCGGCUGCGAGCUGAUCGGGGACGAUGGUCUUGAAGCUGUAGCCUACUACUGCAGGGGUCUCACGCAGCUGAACAUACAGGAUACCCCCGUGUCAUUGCGGGGGUACCGCGCGGUGAAGAAAUAUUGUAAAAGAUGUGUGAUAGAACACACUAACCCUGGCUUUUGUUGAUCUUUGAGGAUAUUGAAUAUUGUAUUUUUAAAUUGAUAUUUUGUAUGUUAUUUUUAACCCCCACGCAAAAAGAGGGGUGUUAUAUGUUUGACCGCUAAGUGUGUCUGUUUGUCUGUCUGUGAAAGUGGAACCGUGCUCAUAUACAGGUGAACCGAUUUGGAUGCGAUUUUUUAUAUUCGAUAGCUAAUUUUUAUGCGGCGGUUCUUGGAUACGUUUGAUCAAAAUCGAUUCAGCCGUUCAAAAGUUGUAACGAAAUGAAUAUUUAAAGUGGUUUUUUUUUAUUUGUCUCACAAAUUAUCUUGAUAAUUAAUUUAUUAUUUAUUAGCCAAUUUAUUUAUUUAUUAGCCAAGAAGUUGUGGGUGGUGACAGAUGGGAUUUUAUUUUGUCGAUUCUGUUAUACCGACCUUUUAACUCGCGCGCGCAAAUUUGUGCGCGGUAAAUGUCACUCCCCUUGGCUCGAAACGCGCACACAUUUGACAUAUACUAAAUUAAGAAGGCUGUUAUUCUUUAUUUACCUUUUCUGUGUCAUAUGUAGUGUCUAUGGAAGAAAAAGAGACAAGAUAAACUGCUCUUUAAUUUGAUACCAUAAACGAUACCAUACGUUCAGAAACAGAAGUUCGAGAAAAAAUAUUCCGAAAUUCAGCUUUGUAAUUUUACAUUUUUAACGAAAGUUUUGUUCAAGAUUAUGCGAAUACUACCGUUUUUACAUAAAAACAAAUGAUUAGUCUUAAUAAUAAUGUGUUUGUCAACAAAAUUGCAUAUAUUUGUCAAAGAAUAAAUAAGUAAUAUUUGAGCUAUAUUUUUGAACGUGAAGGUACUAACUAGAAAGCGCACUUUUUGACAAGUCACAAUGUAAAUUUUAUUUUUGUAUAUUUUACAUUUUAACGCUUCUGUAAAAGUUUUUUUUUAAAUAUCUUGUUUAAUUAGGAUAAAUCCCAUGAAGUUUCAACAAUUAUAUUUGCGUGAAAAAAAAUACAAUAAUUACUUUUGCAAAUCAAUAUUUUUUUUCGAUAUUUCGCCAUGACAGCUUCAGAACGAAAGUAAGUAAAGUUAAACGUAAUCUCUCCGAGCGGAAGGGAUUAACUAAUUGUAUUAAUUUACUCCCUUUACGUACUGAGAGGUAUUGGUAGAAUACAAAGGAAAAAUCGUUUUUUGUGAACACAUUUGAACUUUGAACGGGGGACGAAUAUACUUUUCACAUCCGAAUUUUACUAUUCGAUAGGUAUCGAAUUUAAUAAAUUUAGUAACAUAUUAGCGUAGAAAAAUAAAUGUCAAAAUUAAAUCUGAACUAUUUAUUCUCAAUAAAAAAAACAGGGUUAGAACUUGUUUCUGGUAAUUUUAAUUUUUUUUGGAAGAAAAUGGUGUAAUGAUUUGUAUAAAAUAUCAAAAAUAUAUUUUUUAUUGUCUAUGUAGGUAAAAUCCUUUUAGUUGUAAUUUGUAUAUAAGAAUUAUUUUAUAAAUUACAUCUACAGAUAUAUUUAAAUGUGUAAAUGCUUUAAUAUUUUUAGGUUUCUUUACAAAUUACAAUACAAUUAUUUUCCCCCUAAUUUCUAUAUAUUUCAAAGACGAUAUAUAAAAUUAUUAAAAUACUAAAUAUACAAAAAAUAUACUGGGGCCUUUGACUAUUUAUCAGAUCUGUGCACCAGUAGGUACACUGUGCCAUAUAUUUAGAAUCCAAAAUACACAAAACUACAUAUUAAAGAGUCUUUAAUAUAUGUCUGACAACCAGGGAUACCGACGACAGUACGAAGUGGAGACGAAAAAGUAGGAAAGCGGACUCUGGGCUCCGACGCUCAAUGGCUGAGGAAGAAACCGGGAACACGCUCAAAUGAGACAGAGAAAGAGAUUUUACUACGAACUUUUUUAUUUAUAGCCAACUUUUCGUGCGACGUUGCAGUCGCCGUGAUUGUUGAAUUAUAUUCCGUUAACUUAUAUGUGGUUAUGUAUACAAAGCAUAAAAGUUUGAUAAAUCCUGUACUAUCGCUAAAUGAAUUAUAUAGGUAUAGAUCAUAUCUAUACUAUUAUUAUAAAGAGGUAAGCGUUGUAUGUUUGAGGCGAGUAAUCUCCGAAACUACCGAACCGAUUUCAAAAAUUCUUUCACAAUUAAAAAGUUACAUUAUCCAGGAUUGCUAUAGGUUAUAUUUUAUCUCAAAAUUCCCACGGGAGCGAAACCCCGGGCAAUAUCUAGUAGUAUAUAAACUGAAGUUUUUAGUAACUAAAAGCCUGAGAUGAGAAUUGAAUCAACUUAAAAAUGUUAUGUAGGGUGUAUUUAUUUAUUUUAAAUCUUAUAAAUAUGUAAUUAUGCUGGCAAUAUCUGGUAUUGUUAUAGUGUAAAUUUAUAAUGUCUUUAAGUCGAUUGCCAUUGUUGUUUUAGUUUUAACGAAUAAAUUAUACUUCUUAACAUGGA